GGUAAUUCGGAGGUAAGAAAGGUCCGUGGCCGUACUUUACUGAAAGAUAUUUGGAAACUUCCUACGGGGAAGACAGUUAAUGUGCAGUUUAAUAGUCGUAACCAAGCUGUUGGGAAAGAGGGUCGAAAGCUUGCUAGCUUUUUAGGAAUUGUUGCAAGGACUCCAGAACUAACACCUCUGCACAUUGAUGACUGGAGAAUUAUUGGCAACGAGGAAAAGAAGAAAUUGGUGAAUUUUGUGAGGAAGAAGUUCUCUAUCCCAAAACGCGCAGAAGGCUUUGUCUUAAAGUCACUAGGAAAGAAAUGGAAAGAUUACAAGUGCACUUUAAAAGGUGAAUAUAUGGAAAAAUAUAAGACUAAAGACUCUUUGCUGAAAAAUAGACUAAGUCGCAUACCGAGGGAUCAAUGGAGUGGUCUUGUCUCUUAUUGGUUUUCUGAUAAAGCUAAGAGGCGUACCCAAGCAAAUAGAAACAAUAGGACCCAGCAAAAAAUGCCUCACACAGGAGGAUCCAAAAGUAUUGCUACCUUGAUGGAUGAGAAGGCUGAGAAUGGGAUAGAGCCUACCCGAGCACAAGUAUUUAUAUUAACUCACAAGAAACGUAAGGAUGAUAGACCACUGGAUGAGGAUUCUGCCAAGACAAUUGACAUGAUAAAUGAAAGGAUAAGCAAUAGUGAGAGACCUACUGACCGACCUCCUCAGAGUGUUGCUUGGGAAGGGGAUGUGUAUUCGCAAGUGUUGGGAAAUGAAAAAAGUGGGUAUGUCCGUGGUUUAGGACUUGGUCCAACUCCUUCUGUUCUAUGGGGUAGUAGAUCUUCCUUAGGAAAUGUUGUUGCAGAGGAUUCAUCUAAUGAGGAUGUACAAAGGUUACAACAUGAGAUAACUGAGCUAAAGGCGAAACAAAAUGAAGAAAUGAAUCUGAUGAAACAAAAUCAGGAGAAGAUGCAAUCAGAACUGCUCCAGAUGAGACAAUUGAUAUGCGCUCGUAAUGAAUCUAUGCCUCAAAAUAUCAAUGGCACCUCAAGUGAACAGGUCCCUGAUGCCAAUAGUGGCCAUGAACAAGUACCACAAAUAUCAAGGAUACCUAGCGUUGCUGAAAAUUCCCCACCUUCUCACGGUCGUACAGUCUGAUGUUCGAAAAUUACACGUGUGAAAGAUUUCAAUAUGACGAAGAGUUGUGGAAGUUAUUUGAAGACAUUAUUCGCUAGGAUCGGUUAUGUGAUGACAUUAGUUAUUUAGUUCACACAAUAUAGGUUAUUUUAAGUUGUGACACUAUAUUUUGGAUUAGUUUAUUUUAAGCUGUGACACUAUAUUUUGGAUUAGAACUUCUUUUGUUUGUUUAGAUUUAA